UGUGAUGUCAUCGUCUCGACAGCACACGCUGCGGAAAUCUUCAAAGGCGAAGUUACAACUCUUGAAAAUCAACGAUGACGCCUUUAACUGCUCUCAUCCUCCUCCUCUGCAGCGCUGGAGCCCUCUGCGCGCUCGCACAAGACUCAAACAACUUCAUCGACACGGUGCUCACCAAUCGACUGCCCUAUGAAGUUGGAAAGCGCAACCUCGAUCCGGCACAGGGGGCGAAUUUCCAGGUCAAGUUUUUUCGUAGAAUAUUUCGCUUCCGCCAAGACUUCAAGGCUAAGUUUACUUUCGGCAAUUUUUACGGCCUGUCUAAAGUCAAACGUCGAGGCGACUGUAGUGCGCCGGCUUGGGAGGCGACGAACACGACUUUCGGUUGCCACUUGUCGCUCGAUCGCGUUCAAGUCUCCUAUAAGGUCGAGGCAAAGGGUGGCGAAAUCCUUGGCUCAAGCAACUUCAGCGUCUACAUGUUCGUUCACAACACGAACUUCUUCGUCCAGGUCACAAGCGCCCAAUCGGUUCCUGCCACCUUGAACACCAUCAGCCUGAAUUCACUGGAGCUCAAGAUAAGCGAAAGUACCAAGCUGGGCCUGAACAAGGGGCGCAGUAAGAAGUACCACGACGCGAUCAGGACCCGCGUCCAGGAACAACUGGCAGCCCUACUGUACGGAAGUUUCCGAGACGCGCUCAACAAUGCCCUUGCUACCGUCACCGCGCCAUUCCCCUGAUUGGCACUUAUGCGAAAAAUAUGCCCCGCGGUUUGGAAAUUUGCCUCUUCGGAGUCCCUGUAGAGGUUCCAAAAGAUUGUGGAUUAAGCAUGGAAUAACGUGUAUAGAAACUUGAAAUAAACUGGUGGGGACAUGGAGUCUGCCUUUUUACAGUGUUAUGGUUCUGAGACAAACACUACGUGACCUGACAGAAUGCCCACAAUAAUUUCCUCGA